UUUCAGUCGUGUCAGUUGAUCAUGCGAAGUAUUGUGUGUGAGUAACACGUCACGUUGUUUCGAAAAAGAAAGAGAUAAGAGAUAUUCUAUUUAAAAAAAAAAGAAAAACCAAUCUUCCUAUUCGAUGAAAAAAAAGGUGUUUAAAAAACUUCGAUAUAGCCACUGUCAUUAUUUUUAUAUUGCUCGUUAAGAGCAUUGCUUGAAAAAUUGUAUAAAUUGUAUAAUAAUCAAUGGGAACUCAUAAUUAUUUCAAGGUAAUAUCGUAUUUGACGAAGAAUUCCUUUGGUUAGCCGGGUGCACUUGGUCUAAGACACAUUUUAAACGUCAACGCCACACGUGAUCACCGAGGCACGUGCACGCUGAGUCCACGACCCGUGGAAUACGUGUUAAAGAGAGAGCUUCUGGAAUAAUAAGUUUUUAAACCAUGCUGAAUAAAAGUGGCGUAAAAGAUACGUGCACAUUUUCAGAUAUUUAUUGGAAUUCAACGAACGGUGAAAUUACUUGGUCCAAUAAUUUUUAUUUAACUGCAAUUACGGAGAAACUUGUGGAUUCUGAAUGCAAUCAAAAUUACAAGUGAUUCAAAUAUUUACGCUCGUUUAACAUUUGCACGUUAAUUAUUGUCAAACAUAUACCAAGAUUUAUGAUGUAUGCAUGCAUCUAUCUACAUAUACCGUGAAUUCCAUCCACUUCCUACCAACUGUUCUUAAGUAUAGUUUUUACUCCGAAUACCUGUCACUGAGGUCCCUACUAAAUCGCUUUUCAAACACGUGAGUCGAUACAGGUUCUGCGUAUCCGUGCCAGGGACGUUAGUUAGAAUGAUUUCUCUUACUAUUUUCUUUAGUUAUUAACAUUUCCUUGAAAGAUUUAUUAAAAAUACAUAGAGUGUCGUAUCACUCCAUUAUAUCUCAUGUUAAAAUCCAAAUUUUAUGCAUGUUAAAAUGAUAGAGUGUAUCAAGAUGGAAAUUAUUUUCAAACAGUAAUAUUUUUGUUCGCGAAUAUUGCAACGAAUGAUAAGUUUAAAAAUGGUUUAUGAACAUAGGCCCAACCUGUAGAGAUUAAACACGUAUAAAUAUAUACUUUAUUGGUUUGUUCACGUGCUUGAAUAUUCAAAGGAUAAAUAAAAUUAUGCAAAUAUAUCUUAGAAAAAUUAGCUAGAGGCAAAAACGAGCGUACACGUGAGCGGUAAAGAUAAGCACGUGAGUGCCCUACAAGAUUCUUGCUUUUAGUAUACUUCGAACGUGAGUCCCUGACCCGUUUAGCAGUACUUUUACUGUAUGCAAGUACUACCUUCACUGAUUCUGCACGAGAACGAAUUUACUUGGCCUAUAGCUUGCUUCCUUUUUGGUACAUAUCCUCACGUGCAACGUUCCUUGCCAAUCUCCUCUCCUUUUUAUCCCCCCUAAGUAAAAAAGUAUCUCCUUUCUUUCCCCACCACCUUUUCUUCACUUCAUCCCCCAACAAAUUGAGAUCAAUGGUUAACUUACACAAUAAUUACAUGCCUUUCCAAUCCUCCUUUCGCUUUUUCUCGGUGUUUGGUCUUUAGUCGGUAGUUGGUGAAAAGCCACCGUUCCUUGGCGACAACGAAUCUUCCACUAGUCUUCCUUUUAGUAACUGAAGUUUCAAUCAUUUACGCUCUUGGAGAGGUAUAUUUCGUUGCCAAAAGAAAUAUAAUUCAAUUGGAUAUAUCUCCUUAAAGAUGUUGGCACUGAUAAGUACGUCGAAAUCGGCGUAUAUCGAUAUCGAUAAUGAAGGAUUCAAUACCGCGUUAACAUUAUCCAGUGACAAAACUACGAUUGAACAAAAAAAGGAUCGUUCUCGAGGAAUCGAAGAUAAUGCUUUAGCGAAGAGUCUUCAACUUUUGAGGAUCAGGGGUUCACCGCAUUUGUUGCCAGAAGAUAUAUUAAUGUUGGUCAAUCAUUGUCGAUAUCUUCGCGAAUUGUCCAUGUUUUAUUCCUUAUUAAGCGACGAUUUACUAAUGGCAUUGUGCACCGAGGAACAAAUCAAUUUGGAAACCCUACGAAUAGAAAUACAUUCCGAAACGACACCUCUUCCGGUCAUCAGUGAAAAAACGUGGACAACCUUCGCCGAUCGAUUUCCAAACACCAAUCUCAUUCUAUUAUCUUACAUAACCGAUGAAGAAGAACAUAAAUCCCUUUUUACGUCACGUAUACCUGUUACGCAUUUGUAUUUUGGAGAAGCACCGCCUGAGUCUGUAGCAUUAAGAAUUCACAGUUAUUAUCCACGAUUAGUUGAAUUAGUUAUAGCUGCUUAUGGACCUGGUCUAAUCGAUGAUGUUUUAAUCAACGUUGCUCGAGGAUGUCCUAGUCUCAAUUCCAUCGGUUUGGGUGACUGCGAAAUUAGUUGCAUGGGUCUUCUUAAAUUCGUAACCAUAUGUGCGGAACGUUUAAAAAUACUUUAUAUCCGGGAGACAUCUUUAAUCGAGGAUUUAGAAUUGGAUGUUUUGGAUGUAACAGCCAAGGUUUCUUCGCUUCUUGGAGAUACUUGGGUACCCGAGUAUAUACCAUUAUGGUGAAACGUAUUAUCUUACUCAAUAACGGGAAACCGUGAAUGAAUAAAGAUUUAAACAACGUUGAUUUAAAAAACGUAACACGAUGUGAUAAAUGAUACGUACGCGCGAGAACUAUAUACGUAUAAGUGAUAAUCAAAAUCCAAGGAUAUAUGCAUUUUUGUACUUAUUUAACCAAUAAAUUAUUUAGGCUAUAGAUUAUUGCAUAAUAUAAAUACAAUGUACAUAAUACACAUACUUUAUGUUAGAAGU